GCUCUGGCCCUAACAAUCACUUAUUACCGGCCUUUAAACGAUAAAAAAAUACAUAUUUUCUAAUACUUAUUUAAAAAAUGAGUAUUGAAUAUACUUUUUUAAAAGAAAUUGACUGUAAACAAGGUGCCAUCAGAUCUGUACGAUUUAGUGUUGACGGUUCUUAUUGUAUAACAUGUGGAUCAGAUAGAAGGUUAAAAUUAUGGAAUCCAUAUAGAUCCAUUACGUUAAAAACAUAUAGUGGACAUGGUGACGAGGUUAUGGACGCUUGUGCGUCCUGUGACAGUAGCCAAAUUGUAUCCUGUGGAUUGGAUAAGUCUAUAAUUCUUUGGGAUGUAGCAACAGGCACACCCGUACGCCGGUUAAGAGGACAUGCUGGUCCAGUAACAACAGUGAGAUUCAAUGAAGAGUCAUCAAUGAUAAUUUCUGGAUCUCGAGAUAACAGUGUUAUGUGUUGGGAUGGACGAUCUAAAGCACAAGAAGCUGUACAAAUAUUAAAUGAUGCUAAAGAUUCUAUUUCAAGUGUAAGAACUUCAGAUCAUGAGAUUUUGUCUGCUUCUUUUGAUGGAAGAGUACAUACUUACGAUAUACGUAUAGGAGAAUUUUGCACAGAUUUUAUGGGAGAUGCUGUUACGUGUGCAAGUUUUACCAGAGAUGGCCAAUGUUUGGUUGUUAGUUGUGCAGAUGAAGUGGUUAGAUUAAUUGAUAAAGAUACUGGGGAAUUACUUGGUGAAUUUACAGGACACAGUGGAAAGAAUCUGUGUUUAGAAUCAAGUGUAGACUAUCAAGACACAAGAAUUUUUUCCGGCUCUGCAGAUGGCAAAUUAUGGAUUUGGGAUCUUGUAUCUCAGAAAGUGGUUGCAAAACUUUCGGGACUUAAGCCAACUAAAUAUCCAACUGUGUCUAUAAGUGUUCAUCCACAGAAAAAUUGUAUUUUGGCCUCCAAUGGAUAUAAUGUAUUAAUGUGGAGUUCCUCCACUCAUAUAGAUAAUGAAGCGACAAAGGGAUAUUCUUACACAUAUAUCACGCACGUGAUAUACACACGCGGAUGUGCGCGCACACGCACACAGCGUUAGAUAUUGACGUCUGUAGGAAGUAAACAACUAAAAUAGAAAUGUCACUCGAUUAAUAAUUAGAAAACAAAUUUUUGGGAAUAAUGCCCAAUUCGUACACAGAUAUAAACUUGCAUGCAUGUAUAAUGAGAUUAAAGACUAUAUGCACUCAUUUGAAAA